UCCGCCUGGGAUCUCCGCGGCUCAUUCUUCGCGGAAGCCGCCUCAGCGUUGUUGGUAAGGACCGGAGAGCGACGCCUCAGGCUCGGGCAGCAUGGCUGAGAAGCGGCACACAGGAGACGCCGAAGCCCGGCGGCUCCCCGACUCCUUCAGGGAUAGCCCCAGUACAGGCCUUGGACCUUGUGGCUGGAUUUUGGUGGCUGUCUCGUUCUUGUUCACUGUUAUAACUUUCCCCAUCUCGGUAUGGAUGUGCAUAAAGAUCAUAAAAGAAUAUGAACGAGCCAUCAUCUUUAGACUGGGUCGCAUUUUACAAGGAGGAGCCAAAGGACCUGGUUUGUUUUUUAUUCUCCCCUGCACGGACAGCUUCAUCAAGGUGGACAUGAGGACCAUUUCAUUUGACAUUCCUCCUCAGGAGAUCCUCACCAAGGACUCGGUGACCAUCAGUGUGGAUGGCGUAGUCUAUUACCGCGUGCAGAACGCCACCCUUGCCGUAGCGAAUAUCACCAACGCCGACUCAGCGACCCGUUUGUUGGCACAAACAACUCUGAGGAACGUCCUGGGCACCAAGAACCUUUCCCAGAUCCUCUCUGACAGAGAAGAAAUCGCGCACAACAUGCAGUGUACCCUGGAUGACGCCACUGAUGACUGGGGAAUAAAGGUGGAGCGCGUGGAAAUUAAGGACGUGAAGCUGCCCGUGCAGCUCCAGAGAGCCAUGGCCGCAGAGGCAGAGGCAUCCCGGGAGGCCCGCGCCAAGGUCAUUGCUGCCGAGGGAGAAAUGAACGCAUCCAGGGCUCUGAAAGAAGCUUCCAUGGUCAUCACCGAGUCUCCAGCAGCCCUCCAGCUGCGGUACCUCCAGACGCUGACCACCAUCGCUGCUGAGAAAAACUCCACGAUCGUCUUCCCCCUGCCCAUAGACAUGUUGCAAGGCAUCAUGGGGGCAAAACAGUAAGCCUCGGAGGCCAAUGCAAAGAUGUGCCCUUCCUUUCCAGGGUAGAGUGGGGACCAAAUCAGCCCUUAACCUGUGAGGAGAGAGGAGGGCGGGAUCUCGGCUAUCCUUCCGCUCUUUCCCUUUCCAUAUGUUGACUACAAGGUUCUUAGAAUGUGUAGUGAUCCUAGCAACAGAGGAAGAUUGUUAGCUUGUAAAUACUGAGAAAGAGGAGUGCGGGGAGGGGACUGGUGAUUUAAAGGAGAUAAUUUCCUAUUCUUUAAAAUAUUUAAAAGUUCAUAUAUUUAAAUCAUCAUGUAAUAGGUUAAAUCCCGUGUCUUUUGACUUUUCACUGGGUCAUUCUGCACCCUCUAUCUGCAGCCAGCCCAAAGGCAAGUAAAUAGGUUAUAACCACCACUGGCUGGACAAAUGCUUUGCAGAAAGCAGAGACCUUAGGCUACGACCAGCUUCUCUGGGCCACACGUGCCUUACUUUCGGGGAAUCUUAAGGAAACAUUCCUGCCAUCCGCUCUCUUUCGAAUCCCAGGCGGUGCUUCGAAAUAACCCUCUGUCUCAAGGAGGCAUUUUCUUGCCUGUACCUUUCAACACUGGAGGAGAUGGUCAAGAUCAGUGAGAAAGAUGAUCUUAACCCUUGAAAGACUUUUAAAAAUCCACUGUCACAAAGGUCUUUUAAGAAUAAUAUGUUUUUUUUCUUUUUUUGGCUCGAAGCUUCUUUGAGCCUCUCUAUGACCAAAUGAGUCCUCUGUGCUCUUUCAAACCAGCUACAUACUUGUCACAAAAGUGCUUUUUUCUCACUUUUGCCUAUUUUCCUAUAUCAGGUUCUCAACAGUUUCUGAUUUUUUAAACGAGACUUUCUCUAAGUUCUAUGGGCAACUGUUUAUAUACCCAUUCGAAUAGCUUGAGGACUAAUACUUUUUAAAAAAAUGUCUUCAGAAAGCCAUUCUGUUUUACUGUCUGCAUGCUAUUAACUCUUGUACACUGUGAAAUAUGUUGGCUACCAGUCCUGUUCAUUAAAUACUGUAAGGAAUUCACAAUAUAUUGGGCACAUAAUAGCCAAUGAGCUUGGCAAGACACUGUCAAACUUAGGACAUAUAUACAGAUCUAGGUCUCUUUUCUAUUUGCGGAAUCCUUUCUCCGUCACCAAGGUCAAUGCUGAAAGAGGAAGUGGUCAGCCCCUCUGGACCACGGUUGCUCAUUUUGCAGUAAUAGGGAGCACCUUCAGUUUCGCAAAUGGGGUGAAUCUGAGCAACCUGGCAUUCUUCCUGUUGGCCCGAAAACCCGGCUGGUGACAUUCCUCCUCUAGGCUCUGAAUUCACCUAGAGAAGUCUUCCCUGCCCAGAGCUCAGCCUGCAUGUCCGUCCUUAGCUAGAUCACUGUCAGUCCCACACCAGGAGUGUCCCCUCCUCGAUCGCCCAUGUCCAAGCUUAUUUUAGGAAACCUUGAGCCAUGUAUCCAGGUUCCAAGCUGAGUUUGAUUAAGUGUAUAUGGAGCAUUUUGACUUGGAACUCAAGUUACUCAUUUUAAAUAAUGCUCUUCUCUCUUUGGUGAGCUUGCAACCCAUGAGGGCCAGGAAACAACUCCAUACCCUGGCUGAGAAUCUCUUCUCGGGUUCAGGGUAACCGUGCUUUCUGUUCCUGGAGUUUCCCUAUUUGCAGAAACCAGUCUUCACCUCUCUGCCUUGUGGAUUCAUAGCCCAACGGGGUGGGAUUAAAUUGCUUGAGAGGGAGGGAGCAUAAAAGGGGUCUCUAGGCUGAGUGUCGGUGUGAGAGGUUUUUCCACAUGGCCUCCCUUUCCAAUGCUGUACAUAACAAUAAAGUGUGCACUUUUACUCA